AGAGGCAGCGGUCGAACCGGCUCGACAUUCACAUCGGAGCGCAGGAAGCGCACCAUCAGCCCCGGGAUAUGGACACGGACCGGGAGCAGUGGGGAAGCUGCUCAGCCCCAGGCCAGUGAUGAGACCCUCCCAGCCCCAGGAAUUGGCUUGAAAACAGAAAUGGAAGUGGAGACUUAUUUGGAGAAUGAGAAGAGCACUGUUCAGACCUGAAACUACAGCCCUGUGAUUAAGCUGCAGUAUGGUUACUUGGCUGUGUCUAUCUCCUGUGGAUUGCUAGCAGAACAGCAAAUAGUGUACCAAGAGAAGAAGCUCCCUCCCUAUGAGCUUUGGAUUUAUCACUGGUAUAGAACAGCACCAAGGGCUUUUGGAACUUACCCUGGUGAAGAUCGGGUGAUGUCAUCGUGUACAAUGCUUCUUUACUCAAGAUGGAGUUGUCCUGCAUCACUUUUGCGAUGUGUUCCCACCAUUUGCUUAAAUGUAGAUUGCAGUGUUGCUCUCUGGAUAUUUAGCUUUGCCAUCAGGGUCAUAGUGUUGGAAGGUCAAAUCAAUUACCCAACUGUGAAUACGCAUUAUGGAAAACUGCGGGGGAUUCGAAUUCCCCUGCCAAGUGAGAUUCUUGGGCCCGUGGAUCAGUACCUGGGAGUUCCAUAUGCUGCUGCUCCUGUUGGGGAGAAACGGUUCCAGCCACCUGAACCUCCACCUUCCUGGUCUGGGAUACGCAAUGUUACUCACUUUUCCCCUGUCUGCCCACAGAACAUUCUUGGUAUGGUACCGGAAAUCAUGUUACCAAUCUGGUUCACGGCUAAUUUGGAUGUAGUUGCAACUUACAUCCAGGAUCAAAAUGAAGACUGCUUGUAUCUAAACAUCUUUGUCCCCACAGAGGAUGUAAAAAGAAUAUCGAAGGAAUGCACAAGAAAACCCAACAAGAAAAUAUGUAGAAAAGGAGGAGCCAACGCAAAGAAACAGGGCGAUGAUCUUGCUGAUAAUGAUGGCGAUGAAGAUGAAGAUAUUCGUGACAGUGGGCCCAAACCGGUAAUGGUAUAUAUUCAUGGAGGCUCAUACAUGGAAGGAACAGGAAAUAUGAUUGAUGGCAGCAUAUUGGCAAGCUAUGGCAAUGUCAUUGUUAUCACACUCAACUACCGUGUUGGUGUCCUGGGUUUCCUAAGCACUGGUGAUCAAGCUGCAAAAGGCAAUUAUGGACUUCUGGAUCAGAUCCAGGCCCUACGCUGGAUCAGUGAAAAUGUAGCCUUCUUUGGAGGGGAUCCUUUACGGAUUACAGUUUUUGGAUCUGGAAUUGGCGGGUCAUGUGUCAGUCUUCUCACUCUGUCUCAUCAUUCAGAAGGCCUUUUCCAAAGAGCAAUUAUUCAGAGUGGUUCCGCCUUAUCAAGCUGGGCAGUGAAUUAUCAGCCCGCAAAAUAUACACGAUUACUGGCAGAGAAGGUGGGCUGCAACAUGCUUGAUACCCUCGACAUGGUGGACUGCCUGAGACAGAAGUCCUACAAGGAGCUUGUGGAGCAGGAUAUCAAGCCAGCACAGUACCAUGUUGCAUUUGGCCCAGUCAUCGAUGGAGAUGUAAUACCAGAUGAUCCUGAAAUCCUGAUGGAGCAGGGAGAAUUUCUAAAUUAUGACAUCAUGUUGGGAGUCAACCAGGGAGAAGGAUUCAAAUUUGUGGAAUGGAUAGUGGAUCAGGAGGAUGGCAUAUCGGGAAGUGACUUUGAUUUCACUGUCUCCAAGUUUGUGGAUAAUCUUUACGGCUACCCCGAGGGCAAGGAUACACUCCGGGAAACAAUCAAGUUCAUGUACACAGACUGGGCGGACCGUGACAAUCCUGAGACACGAAGAAAAACUUUAGUGGCUCUGUUUACUGAUCAUCAGUGGGUGGAGCCUGCAGUAGUAACAGCUGACCUACAUGCUCGCUAUGGUUCUCCUACAUAUUUCUAUGCUUUUUACCAUCACUGUCAGAGUGACAUGAAACCAGCCUGGUCCGAUGCCUCCCAUGGUGAUGAAAUGCCCUACGUCUUUGGAAUUCCCAUGGUUGGAGCAACUGAUCUGUUCCCCUGCAACUUUUCAAAAAAUGAUGUGAUGCUUAGUGCUGUCGUCAUGACAUAUUGGACAAACUUUGCCAAAACAGGUGAUCCCAACAAGCCAGUACCACAGGAUACUAAGUUCAUCCACACGAAAGCAAACCGCUUUGAAGAAGUGGCUUGGUCCAAGUACAACCCACGAGAUCAGCUUUACCUGCACAUUGGUCUGAAGCCACGAGUGCGUGAACACUACCGUGCUACCAAGGUGGCCUUCUGGAAGCACUUAGUCCCUCACCUGUACAACCUGCACGACAUGUUCCAGUACACAUCCACCACCACAAAGGUGCCUCAGCCCAACACUACUCCCAUCUCCUACGCGACCAGGCGUCCCAACGGCAAGGCGUGGCCCUUCACCACCAAGCGGCCAGGCUCUGGCUUGAGUCCGGCUUUCAACUCCAAUGAGCAACAGAAGGACAACUGGGAUUCAGACCAAGACAGCGGAUCCUUGCUGAUCGAGAACCCGCGGGACUACUCCACUGAACUAAGCGUCACCAUUGCAGUGGGAGCCUCACUACUUUUCCUCAAUGUUCUGGCAUUCGCUGCUCUCUACUACCGCAAGGACAAGCGUCGUAAUGACCCCCACCAGCAACCAAGCCCACAGCGCAACACCAGCAACGAUAUGGCGCAUACGCAGGAGGAAGAGAUCAUGUCACUGCAAGUGAACCAAACCCACCACGAGUGUGAGAGUAUGCAGGCUCCCGAGUCCAUGCGUCUUCCUUCACUGCCAGAUUACACCCUGACUCUCCGCCGCUCACCGGACGACAUCCCCCUCAUGACCCCCAACACUAUCACUAUGAUCCCUAAUUCCUUGGUGGGCAUGCAGUCCCUGCAUCCUUACAACACCUUUGCUGCUGGGUUUAACAGCACAGGGCUGCCUCAUUCACACUCCACCACUCGGGUAUAGUCCUGGGCAUUAAUCUUCCAGGAGGCGGGAGUGAAUGAGCCGCCGGGUAGAGACCCCUUCCUACAUUGACUACUCCAGUCUGCUGGAUUUUAACAACCAUCCAAUUAACAUGUGCACUGCACCAUCCUUACAAAAGGCUCUCUCCCUGGGAAAAAAGACAUACAUUCACACCGGGCCUUCUUGUUUGAACAGGACAACUUGACAUUUUAUAUAAUAAUCAAAUUAAGAAAAAGUUAAAAAAAAACAAAAAUGAGGGAAAUUGAAAGUGCUUUUGUUACCAGUGCGGGGAAGCAGCGGCAGACAUCUGCCCACCGUUAUCUCAUUGUUCACAUGCCUUAGCCACACAGGCUGCUAUGUUCCAUGCAUUUUUUAAUCACUGUUAGAGCAGCUUAGAAUAUACUAGCACCAAGGGGAUUGGAAGAAGUGUGCACACAUGAAGACUGAAAGCAUGUCACCUGGAUUCUCCAUGGUGGUUCUCCCAGUUAGCUGCCAUAUGUCCAGUGCGAUUUAUGAACAUACUGGAUGGUUGCAGUGAUAGAUCGGGAGAGGCUCCUGGAAAAUUCCUGGUAUGCUUGGUUCUUAAUUAAACAUUAAGCACUGUCAAGAGCAGAAGGAGAGGUCAAAUCCUCAGGUUUGGUUAUCGUUUUGUUCAUUUCUUUUUUACUCAAAUAGUCCUCGAAUUAGUUAACUCUGAAGUGGGUCCAGAACCUUCCUGCAAUGAAUGCCCUGUUGUAAUACCAGACAGUAUUAAUAGCUGAGGAAUUGAAAAGGGUACCUAAUCUGGGAGUGCAGCAUUUUUAGCUCUCCAAGCUGCCAGUGAAGCUGUUCUUUUACUGCCAUUGCAUUUACCUUGACAGCCUGGGAAGCAUUUUUUGCCCACCCAUUACCCCACUAGUUGCCCUCUCUGUAUGACAAGCUGAAGCCCACUUAUCGGUGAAGCUCUUUGUAUUUUUGUGGCUUGACAAAAAUCUAACAAACUUUUUACAGAUCUGUUUAAUUUUCUUUGGGCUGUGUGAAGAAUAUUCAAGUAAAGCAAAUAAUACAGCUUUAGAUAGUGUGCACCCCUUGAUUUUUAUACACAGUGAAUUGUGACACGUGCCAUUAGAACCAGCAAAAUUUC